AUGGCAGCUGCGGCGACGAGAGGCAGAGGAGGACCGCGGCGCCCGUUCGCGCCCGUGGUGGUGUCGCCGCCGCCGCCGCCGCAGGCGGAGAAUCGGCUGGCGCGGGAGGACGCGCCGUCCUCGUUCGCGCGGCGGGAGCCGAGGAGGUUCGGGGCGUGCGCCGCCGGGAAGGUCGCGCGGGGGCCCGCGGUUCUUGGCGCCGGCGGCAAGGCGGUCAAGAAGUACGGCCCUGGGUCGUCCCCGGCCAAGAAGACGCCGGUGGCGGCGAAGAGGGCGCCGGGGACGGCGGCCAGGAGGAGGCUUGAUUCUUGCACCAAGAAGUGCUCGACUCCGGCGGUGGGCGCGGUGGCGGCGUACGACGCGCCGCGCGCGCUGGCGUCGGGCGCCGCCGAGGAGUGCGGCGACGAGGUGCGGGCCAAGCUCUCCUACCCCUGCAGCGAGGCGGACCAAGAACGGCGGGGCAGCGAGGCCUCCGCCUCGCGGAAGCGGGCGAUGACGGCCGUGGCGUUGGAGGAGGCCAUGGCGGGCCUCCCGGAGCCCGGCGAGGGCCGCGUCAAGUACCUGGUGGACACGUUCGAGCGGCUCCUCUUGCUGGGCGGCGGCGGAGGCGGAGGCGACCCCACGGCGCGGAGCAGAGGCGCGGCGAGGAGGAGGAAGGACGAGGGAACCGCGACAGCGACGGUGUCGUUGCCAGCAACGCCGCGGGGUGCCGAGGAGAUCGACAUAUCGUACCCCUCCAUUGCCUCCUCGUCCGAGGUCUCCUUCCCGGUCAUCCCCGGUGUCGCCUGCAUCCUCGACGCCUCCGACCGCACCAGGAUCAGCCGUGCACGAGGCCAACGGCGGCAGAGGCCAUACAAUAGCACCGGAUCGUCAGAUAGGGCCUGGAGUUGCAGCAGGAAGGUGACAAGGGUGACCACUCAGCAGCCGUUCCGUCUCAGGACCGAGCAAAGAGGAAAAGCCAAGGAAGGAAAUUUUCUUGAGAGGUUGAGGAAUAUGCAGGUUGAAGAGGAGAGGCUGCGCCAUCCAGUCGCCCAAGGCCUACCCUACACAACUGAUGAACCAGAGAUCCCAGCGAAACCUCCAACAAAGGAACCCACGGAACCGAUCGAUCACGUGCUGCACAGCGCUGUGCGUGUGGUCAGACGCGUCAAGUUUGAUACCCAAGUCGCUGAGCGCAAUAGCUUCAUGGAGGAAGUGAAACUGGAGAGGGAAAGACAGCAGAAGGUGGAUGAGGAGAUUGAGAUCAAGCAGCUAAGGAAGGAGCAGGUUCCAAGAGCACAUCCAAUGCCAGACUUCUCCAAGCCCUUCGUGCCAAAAAGGUCAGUGAAGCUUCCUACAAUUCCCAGGGAGCCAAGAUUUCACUCCAGGUUGAUGAGGCGCAUCUCAAAGGCGCAAUGAGCUUUGACAGUAGUUGCCUUGGUAGCUGCUAGCAAGUAGAAACUGCAUUUUUUUUCUGAAUAAACAAAAAGAAAGAGAGAAUACCAUGCAUCAAAACAUGUAUCUAUAUUAUUAGUAGCGUCCUUUUACUGCUUGUAAUAAACGUAAUACUUGGCUAUUUGUGGUCCAAUACACAUGCUUCUUGCUUGUGCUGUACUACUACUAGUUCCUGCUUGUACAUUUCUGCUGAUGUAUA